AUGACAGUACCUAGCUUUAGGCGGUUCGUCAGGGAAGCUUCCAUCACAAACACAUUGUUUCCUCUUCUGACGAGAAUAUUCGUUGUUCUCUAUUUAGUUUUUAAAUACAAGCUCUUUUGUCUAAUAUUUCUUAAAGUCACAAACCACAAUUAUUAAAGCUUCUACGGCACUCGGAAACCCCCACCUUCAAUAUGUAUCGUGGUGGAUUCAACCCGUUCGACGCCGACGACCCAGCAGCCAUGUCGUACGUGGCCCGGUCCGGCAUGAUGCGCAGAGGCUUCGACGAGUACUUUCGCUGCUACCCGAUAAUCAUGGCCCCCGGAGCCGAGAGACCGCACCUGAACUUCGGCUCCAAGAUAAUUCUACCCCCUUCGGCGCUUCAGAAGAUCUCUCAGCUGCAUGUACAAUGGCCCUUGAUGAUGCAGAUGGUGAACGGCGAGAAGGAACGUCAGACUCAUGCAGGUGCACUGGAGUUCGUGGCAGAGGAGGGUAGAGCAUACAUACCACAAUGGAUGAUGCAAACUUUACAACUAGACGUCGGCGACAUGAUACAGAUCAAGACGACAUCCCUAGAGCUAGCCAAGAUGGUCAAGUUACAACCGCAGUCAACCAACUUCCUAGAUAUUAGCGACCCCAAGGCAGUCUUAGAAAAAGCCUUCCGGAACUUCGCUACGCUUACCAAAGGCGAUAUUUUCAACUUCGAGUAUAAUGAUGAGGUCUAUGAGGUCGCAGUUCUAGAGGUCAAACCGGAGACUGAUAAUAUGGGCGUGUGUAUGAUCGAGACCGAUGUGUCUGUGGAAUUCGCUCCGCCGGUCGGAUACGUCGAGCCACAGAAGGGUAGUGGAACCAGUACGCCGAGAAGUAAGAAAGGUGGCCUUCCUGUCGGCGGGCUUAUGCAUCCCCAAGGCACGAUGGCACAAUCUAUCAACUACGACGCUAUCGCCCCCAACUCUACAGCAGCAGCGGCUGGUGCUCGUGCUAUCUCGUCACAUUUCUUGAACGAGGGGCAUAAGCUGAACGCCAAGAAGGGAUCUAAAGCGCCAACACCUAAACCCUCGACCCCCGUCGCCGGUACGUCGACCAACACCGUUCCCAUUCAGCCGAGACGAACAAAUGGCCCUAUGCCAUUGCGAUUACCCCCUAAUAAGCUGUUUUUCGGCUACAAUGUCGUUCCCGUCAAGACAGACGCGGAUAAAGAGGCAGAAAAGGAAAACGCAGCUAGACCGCACUUCGCAGGACAAGGGCAGACACUUAGAGGGGCGCCUAAGCGAAAAGAAGAAAGCGGUGAUAAGGGCAAGGCGCCGGAGAAGAAACCGGAUGAGGGACGUCGACUGGAUGGGCGGAGGGGAUGAUGGAUAUGAUAGGAUGGGAUGGGAUAUGAAACCGAUCUCAGAUUUAUCAACUCGGCGUUUUCGGAGUUGCUACAUAGGUCGCGGUUUGGUAGUUAAUAUGAUGAUCAUGAUAUCCUCGUGCUUGGUGGUAUUGUUGGGUUUAUGUGAUUAGACUCCGAUUGUUUGGGACUGGUUUAUUGGCUUUGAGGUAAGCAUCGCUCCUUAUGACCUUAAUAAAGUCGUUUGC